AACGGCAUUUUCAAGUUCAUUUUUUAAAAGUGAUUUACUUUUUUAGAUUUACACACUAUGUUUUUUGUUGGAGGUUAUGGUGGUUUCUAAGGAAAAUUCAGAGUUACUUGGAAAAAUCAUUUUAGAACACCCAAUAUUCAUGAAAUAUGUACGUAGAGUUUGAGCUUGUUUUGUUUUACCCAAAAGUGUUUCUUCAUUUUCUUGUUACAGGUAGCAAAAGUUCUUGGAGGCCUGAUUCCCUUAGCAGGAGCAGCCAAACCAAAUGAUCCAAGAAGAAAGGAACUAGAACAGUUAGAAAGGCAGAAAGCUGCAAUUGACAAAAAAGCCAAUUCCCUAGUUCGUCUAGAACUCUGGGGUGGCCUAGCUUUCCUGGUGGUGCAAACAGCUGCAUGCAUGAGGCUGACCUUCUGGGAACUCUCAUGGGAUGUCAUGGAACCAAUCUGUUUCUACAUGACGUCCAUGUACUUCAUGGCUGGUUAUACCUUCUUCCUCAGGACAUCCAAAGAGCCUUCUUUUGAAGGUUUUCAUCAGAGCAGAUUUAGUUCCAAGCAGAAGAAACUAAUGAAGAUGCGAAAUUUCAAUGUUCAGAAGUACAAUGAGCUCAAGAGUGUGUUCUACCCAAAUUCAUUUGAUCAGUAUAAAAAGAAGCAGAUUGGUGCUGUGUAGAUCAUUUAUACAGAUAGAGAAAGGGGUCAUAGAAAACAAAAUACAUCCAAAUCCAACAUACACUCAGUUUUGUAUAACUUGCUAAUUAAAUUUUAGCAUUAGGUGCGGUUUUCUGUAACAUUCUGCCGAUUGCAGAGAGGAUUUUUCUUUUACAUUUUUCAGAAUUUCAUGUAUGAAAACAUCAUACAUGUUGAGUGAUGUAGCUUAAUGAUUAAAGUAUUGCUUUGUAUUUUCCUCUGCGUUUACUUCACAGUCAAGCUGAUGUAGACAAUACGUAAUGGCAAAUUUAUUUCAUUGAAAGCUGGUCAAUUCAUGAAAUUCAAAAAGUCUUGGCACUCAUCUUCCACACACAAGAAUUGGAACAUGAAAGUUGAAACUGCACCAAAUGGGUGCUCCCAUCUCAUCUGGGUCUGAAAUUCUACAGGAAAUCAUAAAAAUAACAUAUUCCAUUUCCAUCCAUCACAAACCAUAUGUCAGACUCAGACCCCUCACCUCACCUUAGUGGUGUUGGGCUGGUCACUCAGACAUUCCCCUUGGAUACCAAAACAAUCAACUUUGUACCUUUUAUAAGCAGCAUCUUCAUACAAGAACAGGGAUAUCCU